CAAUCCACUAGAGGUUGCGUUAAUCCGAAAAAGUAGGUUACGGAUUUCAUUGCAGUUUUGAGUCAGUCGGAAGAGCUUGGUAUUUGUUCUCGUUUUGACUCUCCGGCUUCGGACAUAAAUGGACAAACACGUGUCUUAAAAAUGGCUUCCAGCGAUAAUGCCUCAACCCAAAGUCAAGCUGGUGGUGACAGGAGAUGAUUUUGGGUACUGUCCAAAAAGGAACCAGGGGAUAGUGGAUUGUUUCCAAGCCGGGGGCAUUUCUAAUGUGUCCCUUCUGGUUAACGCCUCCUCGGCGAAAGAAGCGACAGAGCUGGCCAAAAGACAUCACAUUCCCAUCGGCCUCCAUGCCAACCUCUCAGAGGGUCUACCAGUCAGCCAGGGUCUGAAGCGGGGCUCCACUCUCCUCAACAAGGAUGGGUUCUUCCAUGGGAAGAUGGGCUUCAGAAAGGCAUUACAGAGUGGCCGGGUCAACAUGACAGAGGUGGAGCUGGAGCUGAGGGCGCAGGUGAGGCUGUUUGGAGAGCUGAUGGGUCAUCUUCCCUGUCACAUGGACGGGCACCAACACAUUCAUGUGCUGCCAGGUAUGACGCCAUAACACUACUAGAAAGGUGUGUGUGUGUUCUUAUGCUCAUUGCGUAAACAUUUUAUUGUGAGAGGUCUUACCCAAUAGAACUGUGUGUGUCAUCAAUGUUCAUUAUCUGAACCUCAACCACGUCUUCUCUCUGACAUACUCUGAACCUCAACCAUGUCUUCUCUCUGACUGACAUACUCUGAACCUCAACCACGUCUUCUCUCUGACUGACAUACUCUGAACCUCAACCAUGUCUUCUCUCUGACAUUCUCUGAACCUCAACCAUGUCUUCUCUCUGACUGACAUACUCUGAACCUCAACCACGUCUUCUCUCUGACAUACUCUGAACCUCAACCAUGUCUUCUCUCUGACUGACAUACUCUGAACCUCAACCACGUCUUCUCUCUGACUGACAUACUCUGAACCUCAACCACGUCUUCUCUCUGACUGACAUAAUCUGAACCUCAACCACGUCUUCUCUCUGACUGACAUUCUCUGAACCUCAACCACGUCUUCUCUCUGACUGACAUAAUCUGAACCUCAACCACGUCUUCUCUCUGACUGACAUUCUCUGAACCUCAACCAUGUCUUCUCUCUGACUGACAUUCUCUGAACCUCAACCACGUCUUCUCUCUGACUGACAUAAUCUGAACCUCAACCACGUCUUCUCUCUGACUGACAUACUCUGAACCUCAACCAUGUCUUCUCUCUGACAUACUCUGAACCUCAACCAUGUCUUCUCUCUGACUGACAUAAUCUGAACCUCAACCACGUCUUCUCUCUGACUGACAUUCUCUGAACCUCAACCACGUCUUCUCUCUGACAUACUCUGCUGAGGACACUCUGACGACACCGCGGAACUCUUCCUCUUCACUGUCACGAAGCACAUGACCCCGGGGUUUUACACCACAUGAUGAGUCCCUGAAUCAUGUGGUUUUGUUAAAUGGUUGUUUGGUGAUCUAAUCUAGAUGAAGAAAUCUUCCUCGUCAUCUGUUUUCAGGGCAAGGAGGGGAAAGGGCCCGCCUUCAGUUUUAAAUGAGGUUACCACUGUUGAUUUAAUCUAUCAUUUAUUAACCAGUAGUAGUAGUAAUUCCUUUUUUCAUUUGAAUAUGUACGGCUUAUGACCACGUCGUUGUCUUGGUGACACUUGAUACACUCGGUUUAAAGGUCGUUUAUAGACUAUUAAUUAGUUAAUAGAGCAGCAGUAAAUUGUAAUAACUCAUGGUUAAAAAUAUAACUGAUGGUUAAAAUUGUGAUUGUCAUUUUAAUGCUUGACAAUCGGACGUGGCUGCCUAUUUUUAUUUAUUUUAUUUAACCUUCAUUUAACAAGGCAAGUCAGUUAUGAACAAAUUCUUAUUUAACACAUGACAACAACAUGGUGGCAACGACACAUGACAACAACAUGGUGGCAACGCCACAUGACAACAACAUGG